UUCCCGAGAGAGGACAGCAGCUCGCACCCCUCGAUUACGGGCCCAGAGCUUCAUGACAAUUCACAAAGCUCACCUUCAUGACCAAGGGCGCACGUCAAUGCCUGGCGUCGCACACUUGGUCGUCGUGGGCCUCGGUUGGGGCUGCGUGUUGUUCGCUGCACUGCACCUGCUGCUGGGCAGCGCCCUCUACAGGAGGCAGCGCCACGUCUCCAACAUGCACAAGAAGGCCGUCCUCGUGACAGGUUGUGAUUCCGGCUUUGGCAACCGCCUGGCUCGACGCCUGGCUCAUAUGGGCUUCAGAGUGAGUUACAAGGUCUAUGCGGGCUGCCUCUUUCCUGACGCAGAAGCUGCCGAAGCUCUGGUGCGGGACACUAACAUUCGCGUGCUGAAACUCGACGUGACGAAGCAAGAAGACGUCGACGACUGCGUCUUGAAAGUCCAACAGGAUCUCCACGAGAAUGACGAUAUGGCGUUCUGGAGCGUCGUGAACAACGCGGGCAUCGGCCACUACGGUGACUUCGAGUUCAUGUCCACCUCGCAGUUCAGGAGAACAUUCGAGGUGAACUCCCUGGGGCCCGUUAUGAUCACGAAGAAGUUCCUGCCCCUGCUGCGGGAGGCCGGCGAGGGCAGGGUGGUCAACGUUGCAUCCAUGGCUGGCAGAGUCACAUUGCCAGGCUUCAUCGCCUACUGCAUGAGCAAGCACGCUGUGGUGGCGCUCAGCGACGGACUACGCUGCGAGUUGCGGCCCUGGAACAUCUCCGUGCACUCUAUUGAGCCUGGCUUCUACAGAACGUCCAUAGUUGACAAAUUGCUAAACCAAAAUGAGAACGAAAAGCUGUGGGAAUGCGCCAGCGAGUCGUUGCGAUCAUCCUAUGGAGAAGCUUAUGUAAAGAAUCGCUUCAUUUCCAGUGAAGAAUACGUAGCAAAGAUCCUUAGAGGGUCGGACCGUAUUUGUGAAGUCAUCGACGAUCUGGUGCAUGCUGUAGCGGCACACCAGCCCAAAGCGCGCUACAUGCCGCACUGGUUGACGAAGCUGUCCUACUUCUUGUGUUGUGUUUGUCCCUCCGAGCUCGUCGACUUCAUGGCUUGUCCUCCGCUCACAGUGAAGCCCGGAUGUGCCUAGACACGAUCACAGUGAAGCCGGGAUUUGCUUAGACACGUUCAAAGAGGAGCCAGGAUGUGCCUAGACACGAUCACAGUGAAGCCGGGAUGUGCCUAGACACGUUCAAAGAGGAGCCAGAAUGUGCUUUAGACACGUUCACAGUGAAGCCGGGAUGUGCCUAUAGACACGAUCACAGUGAAGCCGGGAUGUGCAUUGACAAGUUUACCGGGGAACCGGAAUGCACCUAGACACGUUCACAGUGAAGCCGGGAUGCUCAUAGAUACGUUCACAGUAAAGUCGAGUGCACCUAGGCACGUUCUUUUAUAUUGCACAAUAGAAUAGAUAUUAUACACAGUAAUAAAACUGCAUGUAGUGCAUAUUCCCGUCAGCUGCAUGCAGGGAGAAGUGCGAGCUCAUUGCUGGCAUGGAGUAAAUAAAGUGCAGACGCCUUGGCGCGGUCUACAAUUAAGGUGAGCGGAUAAAAGCAGUCCACACAUUUUUUGCUCAUGAAUUAAUAAUUAAAGACAUGAAUUAGACAGCGCAAGAACUUGCAUGCAGUGCUCUUGCGAGCUCCGGGUGAGAUGCAAUCACGUCACCAGGAACUUAUUUUCGUACUCACAUGCACGGUCAACUGCAUGCAGUCCUCUUGUUUGUCGUGUACACUUGAUUUAACGUCUACAUGUAAGCUGCUGUUUUUCGAGUACGCUUGAUUUAACGUCUACAUGUAAGCUGCUGUUUUUCGUGUACGCUUGAUUUGACGUCUAUAUGUAAGCUGCUGUUUUUCGUGUACACUUGAUUUGACGUCUAUAUGUAAGCUGCUGUUUUUCGUGUACACUUGAUUUGACGUCUAUAUGUAUGCUGGACCAUGUAAUUUUUUUUAUUUUUAUAGAAAUUUCGAUAUUAAAAGUGGUUGCAACGAG